AUGAUACAUAUCUCUGCCUGUCUGUCAACCACUGUCCGUUUAAAUCUGCCUAUCCCUAUAUCUAUCUAUCUUUAUUUGUUCAUGUCUAUGUAUGUAUUUAUCUAUCUCUGUUCAUAUCUAUCUAUCUAUCUAUCUAUCUAUCUAUCUAUCUAUCUAUCUAUCUAUCACUGUCUGUUCACAUCUAUCUAUCUAUCCAUUACUGUUCACAUCUAUCUAUCUAUCUAUCUAUCUAUCUAUCUAUCUAUCUAUCACUGUCUUUUCACAUCCAUCUCUCUAUCUAUCUAUCUAUCGCUGUUCACAUCUAUAGAUCCAUCUAUCAUUGUUCAGAUCUCUCUCUCUCUCUCUCUCUCUCUAUCUAUCUAUCUAUCUGUCUGUCUGUCUGUCUAUCUGUCACUGUCUGUUCACGUCUAUUUGUCUGUUGAUCUAUCUCUGUUCAUAUCUAUCUAUCUAUCUAUCUAUCUAUCUACCACAUCUUCUGCCAACGACGACGAUCUAUCGAUCACUGUUUGCCCACAUCUAUCUAUCUCUGACCUUUCAUAUCUAUUUAAAUAUCUAUCACUGUCCACUUUGUCUUUUUAUCUAUCAGUUUCCAUAUAUAUUAUGUGA